AUGUAUAGGCAGAUCGUCGUUGAUCCGCGUGACACAGAUUAUCAACGCAUAUUAUGGGUGGAUACCGAGACGGAGCGCAUGCAAGAUUAUAAGCUCUUGACCGUGACGUACGGUAUGGCGUCGGCGCCGUUUUUGGCGUUACGAGUGCUGCGCCAACUGGUCCGCGAUGAAGGGCAUUCCUAUCCGUUAGCCGUGUCCGUCCUGACGGAUAACAUUUAUGUUGACGACGUCUUGUUCGGCGCCGACGAUAUCCCUCUGUUUCGGCAGGCGCGCGAGCAAGUAUGCUCACUGCUGCGCUGCGGCCAAUUCAAUUUGCGCAAGUGGUCCAGUAACUCGUCGGCUCUUCUGAGCGACAUUGAUGACAGCGAUCACGGUUUGGCCUGCAGCAAGGACCUUCAACCAGGCGAAAAGGUUAAAGUCCUCGGGAUAUGCUGGCACCCCGCUCAGGACGUGUUUCAGUUCCGCAUUUCCUGCCCUCCCUCUGUCUCGAUAACGAAGAGAUCGAUUCUCUCGAAUAUCGCGCAAAUAUUCAAUCCGUUGGGGUGGAGUGCUCUGGUCACAAUAACGGCAAAAAUCUUUCUUCAGCGACUGUGGCAAUCACAGCUCGACUGGGAUGACCAAUUUCCCACCGAUCUCGCUGAUGAGUGGGAAGUUAUUCGGGCGUCACUCCUGUCACUUGAUGGCCUUCAGCUCGAUCAAUGGGUUCGACGCGGAUCGGAUACGACGGCCUGCGAGCUGCACGGGUUCGCGGACGCGUUCUCUCAGGCGUAUGCAGCCGUGGUUUAUCUGAGGCUUCUUUCGAUCUCCGGAGAGGUCUCCUCGAUGCUCCUCGUCGGAAAGUCUAGGGUCGCGCCCGUUAAGUCACUGAGCAUUCCGCUGUUGGAGCUCGCAGCAGCAGUACUGCUCUCCAGAUUAAUGGAGUUCGUGAUCACGUCCCUCCACCUUUCCGAGGUUCCGUGUUACUGCUGGACGAACUCCACGGUCGUCCUUGCGUGGGUUACGCAACAUCCGUCAAGGUGGCGAACGUUCGUGGCAAAUCGCGUCGCGGAAAUUCAGACCCGACUUCCCUCCGCUUCGUGGCGACACGUGCCCACCAUCGACAACCCCGCCGACUGCGCGUCUCGCGGAAUUUUCGGGCAUCAGCUCGCAUCCCAUCCGUUGUGGUGGCAUGGUCCAUUGUGGCUUAGGCUUCCGAUCUCCGACUGGCCGGUGACUGUCGACCCUCACCCUGAGACCUCAAUGGAACAAAAUGUAAAGACGCAGGUUCUCGUCGCGAUGCCGAGAGACCCUGUCUUGUGGGACCUCGCCGCGCGCCACUCGUCGUGGCCGAAGCUAAUGCGCAUUACCGCUACGUUAUGCGAUUUAUCUCGCGUACUCGCGGACGUAUUACUUUGCCGGCUGGGCGCGUCGAGAGUCCCUCAUCCUUGA